AUUCGCCGCUGCUCCCUGAGCUCUGUCAGGUGUUCGUUAUACAGCUACGUAAGCUUUGCAUUUGGAAAACUUAAUUGGAUUUGGUGUCCGGACAAACACAGUCGAGGCCAUGCUGAGACGGAUACUUCAAAUGACUCCUGGGAAGGGAGGUUCCCAGAAUGCAGAGACCGAGCAGCCCAGCACAGACCUAAACCAUGAUCAGACGUCUGAGGGCUUCAUCUGUCCUCAGUGCAUGAAGUCUCACAACUCUGCAGAGGAGCUGUUCAAGCACUAUGAGCUGUUCCAUGAUACCGGAGACCUCCCCGCUCAUGUGGCCCCCACUCGGGAAGAUCUCACAAUGCUGCGGCAAGAGGUUCAGGACCUGCAUGCUUCUCUCAAGGAGGAAAGAUGGUUCUCUGGAGAGCUCAAGAAGGAGUUAGACAAAGUCCAAGGACAACUGCAGCAACACGAUGGACAGAUGAGCUCAGACGACUCAGUCCUUGAAAGGAAGUUGAAUGAAUCAGAGACCGAAAAGUUCAACAUCAAGCAGAUGAAAGACCUGUUUGAGCAGAAGGCUGCCCAGCUGGCCACAGAGAUAGUAGAUUUAAAAUCCCGCUAUGAUGAGGAGAAGAGCCUAAGGGAGGCUGCUGACCAGAGACUGGCCAACCUGACCGAACAACUGGAGAAAGAGAAGCAGGAGAAUGAGAGACUCCAAACAGAGCUGCUGCAGCGACCAGGAGUGGAAGACGUGGAGGUCCUGCAGAAGGAGCUGGUGCAGGUGCAGACGCUGAUGGACCGUAUGACGCGCGAGAGGGAGGAGGAGUCUGAACGCCUCAAAAACCACUACGAGGAGCUGCAGGCUAAUUACACUACCUCAGAGAUGACCAUAUCCCAACUAAAAGCAGAGCUGGAGAAGGGCCCGCAAGAAGCAGCCGUCUACACCCAACAGAUCCACCAGCUGCAGAGCAAUUUGAACAAUUUGCAGCAGCAAAGCCAGAACUUGUCUGAAAAGCUGGCACGUAAGGAGAAGGAAUAUCAGGAACUGGAGGAGUCUCUGGGUGCUGAGAAAGCUGCCAAGAAGGGAGUCCAAGACAGCCUGAGGGAGCGAGAGCUGGAGGUCCAAGAGCUCCAGGCUCGGGCCACGAGCGCUGAGACCUCCCUGCAUAAGACCCAGACAGAGCUCGGAGAGAGGACAGAGGAGGCGGCGAAGCUGAAGCGUGAGAUUGGCGAGCUUGAAGUGAAGCAUGCAGAGCUGAAGGUUGAGAGGAAGCAGCUGGAACAGCAAAGGGAAGAAAAAGAGAGCCAAGGCGCUCAGCAGCAGACUGAGAUCAGUCAGCUGCACGCCAAACUGCUUGAGGCAGAGAGGCAGCUGGGCGAGGUGCAAGGUCGUCUGAAGGAACAGAGGCAGCUGUCUGGGGAGAAACUAAAAGACCGCGAGCAGCAAGCAGCCGACCUGCAGCUCAAACUCUCCCGUGCGGAAGAACAGUUGAAGGAGAGCGCCAGUAAGAACACGGACCUGCAGCACCAGCUGGAGAAAGCGAAGCAACAGCACCAGGAGUUGCAGGCACUGCAGCAAAACACCAAUGGCAAACUCCGCGAGGCGCAGAAUGACCUGGAGCAGGUGUUGCGUCAGAUUGGGGAUAAAGACCAGAAGAUCCAGAACCUGGAGGCUCUGCUGCAGAAGAGUAAAGAGAUUGUGAGUCAGCUGGAAGCUGAGAGGGAGGACUUGUGUGCCAAGAUCCAGGCCGGGGAGGGAGAGACGGCUGUCCUUAACCAGCUAAAAGAGAAAAACCACGCACUACAAGAACAGGUGACACAGCUGACAGACAAGCUGAAGAACCAGUCAGAGAGCAACAAGCAAGCCCAGGAUAACCUACACGAGCAGGUCCAGGAGCAGAAGAUCCUAGUGCGUUCGGCCCAGGACCGAGCCCACACCCUGGAGACCUCAGUCACGGAGCUCACUGCCCAGCUCACAGAAAGCAAAGAGAAAGUAGCCCAGCUGGACACUCAGCUGAAGGCAAAGACAGAGAUGCUGCUGUCUGCAGAGGCAGCCAAGGCUGCACAAAAGGCCAACUUGGAGAACAACCUGGAGACUGCUCAGCACACGCUGCAGGACAAGCAGCAGGAGCUGAAUAAAGUUCAGAAGAAGGUGGAGGAGCAGGCUCAAAGGCUCAAGGAGAGACAGGAGCAGUGCACACAGCUGGAAACCGGUCUGAAGGAAUGCAAAGACAAACUACUGGCUUCAGAACAGCGGGUAGAGCAGCUGGAGGGGCUAAAUAAGAAAUUGGAGUCACAAGUUGGGGAGUUGCAGACCACACGCGAUCAGGUGCAGCAGGAAGUGCAGAAGCUGCAGAAGGAAGGGUCAGAGGAUAAGCGGAAAGCUAAGGAGCUGCAGCGCUCGCUGGAAACAGAGAAAGCAGGGGCUUCAACACUACAAGAGGAGUUGAAGAAGAAGGCAGCUGCUUUGAGUGAUAUCCAGCAGCAGCUGGAGCGUUGUGAGCAGGAUAAAGCUGCUCUGAAGGUGAACCUGGACAAAGUGACCCAGGAGGGAAAGACUCAGCAUGCAGAGCUGGACAGGAAGGCUCAGAGUCUGGCAGCAGACCUACAGAAGGCCCAACAGGAGAAAGAGGCUCAAAGGAAGGAGCUUGUCUCUACCCAGGAGAGCCUAGCAAAGGCUAAUAAGGCACUGAAAGAGAGUCAGAGUCAACUGGACACAGAGAAGAAGAGCCAUAAGUCGGCCAUGGAGGAGAAGGAAAAGUCCAAUGAGAAGACCCGACAGGAGCUUCUGAAGAAUAAUGAGAAUGCCAGCAAAGCAAUGAAAGAAUCUAAGGAGCAGUUGGAGCAGAUGAGAGAGGCAGAGAAAAAGCUGAAAGGGCAGCUGAACUCGUUAGAACAGCAGCACUCAAAGACUCAGGAGACGGUGAAGGAAAAGGAGAAUGAGUUGGAGAGGCUGCGGGCACAGCUGAAGACAGCCCAGGGAUCCUUUGAAGAGGAGAUGAAGAAACUGAAGGGCCAAGUGACGGAGUUACAGGAAGUUGGUGCCAAGAAAGCAGAGGAGGAGACUAAGCUGAGGGCCCAGGUGUCAGAGCUCGGCCAAGAGCUGGCCUCUGAAAAGAGUCGGACAGCAGAGGUGCAGAAGGCCUUGGAGCAAAGUCAGGGAAGUCUCACUAAGCUUCAGUCUGACUUCUACGGCAAAGAGUCUGAGGUUUCUGCCCUGCGUCAAGACCUCAAGGCAUCAGAGGAGAAGCUGAGCUUAGCCCAGGAGGAGCUGGCUGCUAACCGAACCCAUCAGACAGGUUUAGAGGCUCAGAUCCAGGAACUGAAGAUGAGCCGCAGCUCUUUGGAGCAGGAGCUCGCCAAGCAGGACCAGAAGCGCCAGCAGCAGGAACAAACACUGAAGGAGCUACAGAAGCAACAGAAUCACGUUAAGGAGGAGCUGGAGAAGGAGAAGAGCAAAGUGGAGGAGCUGAACAAAGCCAAGAAUGUCCUGGAAAAGAAUAACAGCAAAUUAACGUCUGAGUUAAAGGCAGUAUCAGAGAAGAGUGAAAAGGACCUGGGUGAGUUGCGGGAAGCCAAACAGCUGUUGAUCCAGCAGAAACUGGAGUUGCAGGGUCAGGUGGAGGCGGCGCAGAGUGCACUAGAGCAAGAGCAGAAAGAGCACCAGGCCACCAGGGACAGCAGGAACCAGAGAGAGGAGAAGCUCCUCGCCAAAUCCAAGGACCUCCAGGAUCAGCUGGCGACAGAGAAGCGAGCCAGAGAGGAGCAGGUGAAGCAAAGAGAGGAGGCAGAAGCUAAGCUGGGUGUGCAGGUGACAGCUCUGAAUGAAAAUGUGGCCACGCUGAAGAGAGAGUGGCAGGGCAGCCAGCGGAGAGUCGGCGAACUGGAGAAGCAGACAGAUGAGCUGAGAGGAGAGAUCGCUGUGCUGGAGGCCACCGUCCAGAACAACCAGGACGAGAGGCGAGCUCUUUUGGAAAGGUGUGUGAAGGGUGAGGGGGAGAUAGAGAAACUGCAGGCCAAGGUGGUGGAGCUGAGGAGGAAGCUGGACGAUACGACGGCAGCCAUGCAGGAGCUGGGCCGAGAGAACCAGUCGCUCCAGAUCAAACAGUCGCAGUCUCUGACCAGGAAGUGGGCCGAGGAUCACGAAGUGCAGAACUGCAUGGCCUGUGGGAAAGGCUUUACUGUCACUGUCAGGAAGCACCACUGCAGACAUUGUGGAAAUAUUUUCUGCGCGGAGUGUUCGGCGAAGAACGCCCUCACGCCGUCCUCUAAAAAACCAGUACGGGUGUGUGAGACGUGCUUUGAGGAGCUCCAAGGCUGAUUUCCCUCUCAGCCCUUUACCUAACCCCGACAACCCCCACCCACACGGUCUUUGUUUCCCUUUCCUACUCCGGCGGGCAGAAGAAGGCGUGUAUUUGUCGUAUUUAAUGUGCACUAUUAAGGACAGACCCAUUGCAAAGACUCCCACCUGCGUGUGUCUCGUGGCUCUGGUGUUGAGGGAAAUAUUCCUGUAGGCGACUCCAGGACCAGUGACGGGAUGGGGUGGGAUUGGUUGGGAUUGUCUGUAUCUGUUUUUGUGCCUUUGCUACUCCUGUGGACUGCCAGAGAGCGGAGACAGUGAGAACUAAACACCAUCCAUCUCUUUGAGUUCACGUUCACAUCUCCAUCAUUGUUUGGCAUCGUUUAGCAAUCGCAAGGUGGCUGCUUUUGUACUUUGUGAAACAUUUGAAGUCUGUUGUCGGGAGGUGUAAGGUUGGUGUGACACUGCAAGAGUGAAUGGGGAAGUUGAAAAUCACUGCUGCCCUACAAAGGUGAAUGCAGGUAACCAUUUUGUUCCAAAAAAACGUCUGUAAAUGCCCAGUGUAACAUAUUUUCUGUGUAUAACUCAAUAUAUACAUCGAUCUGAUCACUAACUAAAAAAAAUUAAUUCUGAUUUUUAUAGCAAGACAGUUAAACUUAAGUAAGAAGUGAGUACAAAAAUAUUUUUGUAAAACUUUUCAAUUUAACUGACACUGUAUUUAAUACGCUUAAAGAAGAUUUUACUUUUGAACACAAAGUUGUUUCUGAAAUAGUUUUUGUUUGGCCCCAAAACAAGGCUCCCGAAAACCUGUUAGUUUAUCAGCUGAAGCUUUAAUUUGAUGUUUGUGGACAGGAUUUCAUGUAUAUAUACAUUAUAUUCUGUAAAUUCACGUAGGAAGAGAGAAGUAGAUCCUUUUUGUUAAAGUCAUGUUGUACAGCGUAACACAACAAAAGGGAAGAAAUUACACCUUGAGAUUUUUCUUGGAGCAAAAUUGAGCAACAAUAAUUAUUUUUAUUUUUUUGCGUGGGUGGGAUUAUGAUGGGAUAAGUCAGUCAGUUUAUGCACCAGCGAUUUUCUGCACAUACCUUACCGGUUAAAUCAGUUACUGCAUGUUUCCUUUGUGUGGCAGCCUGUUUGUGAAUUUGUCCAAAUUAAUGUAUUCAGCCUAUUUCACGACCAAAGAAUGUCUGCAGCAGGAACACAGGCCAGAUGAAAGCCCUGAGUUUGUUUUCAUCUUUCAGUAUUUUUCUAUUUUUCUCGCCUCGUUGAAAGCUUUUGAGUUUUAAAUCACAGGGUCUGACAUUUUUAUCUUGAACACAGCACGUAUGUCGAUCUGAGAGGCUUUUUUUUUUAAUGUCCAGUCAGUUUUUCGCUGUGCCACAUUUCUCUUUGCAUGUUCGUUUCUACAGAUUGUGGUGCUUUCUGCAGACUGGUGAUGCAGUCAUUGAAGGUGCCUGCAUGUUUAUUUUUUUUUAAUGUUUAUUUUUUUCCUGCUGCUUUUCUCAUCCACGCCACAGCACUGACUACUGCUCGAGCUGUAUGUGUGUUUGUGUGUGAGUGUGAGUGAGGGCUCUGCUUUGAAGCAGUGACUCUGUGAUGUUGCUGUAACAGGGCGUGUGUUUUUAGCGUUUUAGGCCUGCUGAGGUGCACUGUGCGAAUGUUGGCCGCUCAGAACCUCGCGUUGUCCGAGGACGUCGGUGCUGCUUUCGGCUGCAGCAGUUACUGUUGGUUCUCUGUCCAACCUGCCUGCAGCUGAGAACACUGUACAAGUUCAUUCCUGCUUUGAUUAAUUUAUAAUUGUUGACAGAUAUUAGGAAGAUCUUUUGUGCAAUUGUCUACAGACUGGAGCAGGCGGCAACACUGUAAGCCAGGCGACAAUUGCAGGCUGCCUCGGCGCAUUGCAACAAGCAGCUUGUUCCAGACUUAGGCUUACCAAAUUAUCUCUUUAUGCUUGUCCAUCUCAGUUUCAAACUCUAAAAAAAAAAAAAAAACACCUGUCUUUUUUUUGCAUUGCAUUGGUUUUGUUAUGUCUACCUCAGAUUGGCACAGGAAAAGCACUAUUCCUAAACCUUAGGCGUCACAACUGUCGUAUCAUUACCUGCAUUUGAUCAAGAAUUAGUGAUUGAUCUGUCGAGUUGUACAGUCCCUGAAACCUACAGAGAUGAUUUGCACAUUAUUGUAUUCUGGGCUCGUCCGUAUGAGAUACCCAGCCACAAACGUAGGACCACCAACUUUAUACAGGCUUCAGCAUUUCUAGCCCCGAUGUACUUAACUGCUCAUUAAUACAAAAUCGGUCAUAAUUAUCUUUGUAAAUGUUUGUAAUGAAAGAGAAAAAAAAAAGGAAAUAUAUAACGCUCGUGGAUGUAGAAAUAUGACAACAGUGAAACUGUGUGGAUUCAUCAGUGUCUUACUCAUUUUUACAAAACGGCAGCACAGACCUAUACACACUGAAUUGUGGCUUGCUUCGUGUUGCUCAGUUAUCAUGCAUGAUGACUUAACUGGCCUGUGGCUCACACGUUUUCUCCAUGUUUUAGAGUCAUCAUAUCUGGUGGUUGUGCAGGUGUGCCUUAGGCCAAGGUCUUGUGCGUCACUGCUCACCGUUAGCGGUGACGUGCAGCGUGUGUUACCAGAGUCAGGGCGGCGUCAGUUCACCUGAAGGGACGAGAGAAGUAAUGUCAUUUAUGUUCACACACACACACCAGUUGAUUUUCUAAUUCAUUGUCAUGACAAACCUAAAUAAAACCUACAGUAUGUUUCUA